AUGCCUGCCUUCCAACAACCUUACAUGUCAGGCAAAAGAAAAGCCACCGACUCCAGCUUCUCUGAGAAUCAGUCACAUGAAUCUAGAAAGCGGAUCUUGUUAACCACGAACCCCAAUGUCCGAGAGGAGGCUUUACCAAAUAAUAUGCCAGUGCAGGCGGCGGCUUGCGAUCAAGUAUGGAUGGUUCAAUGGCGGCAUCCUCAGUACAAAAAACACAAGACAUGGGACGGCGAUGCCAUUCUAGUCGUCAGCAACGAAGCAGAAGCCAUCCUUUAUGAUACAGAGGGCAAAAUCAUGACUAAAUCCAAGGUAACUGGUCCCUUGUACGAAGGGAAAGCUCUCUCUAUCGCCUCCAAGGAAAUCGAACUUGAGAGGAUGGUGUCACGGGAUUUAUUUCUUUCUGGCGCGUGCUUUGGAAACGGUAUAUCCUCUAGUUCUUUCUCAGAAUCUUCGAUCUGCUCCAAUAAGAAGCCAGUGAAGAAAUUUACUCCUCCAUCGUUGACUAAUAUCAAAUCUUUUCCAUUGGCCGCGCAAUCUCAGCAUAAACCUCUUCAUCCAACAAAUCUUGAUAUCAGAGAUUCGGAUGUGUGCAUGAACAAUGAGCAAGAAAGCGACUCUUCGGUGACUUCAUCAGAAGUCACUAAUCAAUUUCCCAAUUGGAUCGCUAAUUGGCGUAAGCCUCAGGAUAAGAAGAAUAAGACAUGGGACGGAGACGCAUAUAUUUCACUGAUGAACAAUAAGUUGGUUAUGAUUUCAGAGGACGGCAAAGUUAUGGGUUCCAUCCCUUGGAAGGGCCAAAACCUCCAGAAUGGACACAACUUUUUUAUCGGUGGAAAAGAAGUUGAGCUUGAUGUUGCCGUAUCUUCCGAUCAACUUCCAACCGUCCAUCGAUUGGAAUUAAAAACUCAUGAAAUCGAUGGACCUCCAUCUGAGGAUUCUAUUCCGAAAGCAGUAAAGAAGAAGUUCGUUUCUCCUGGAGAAUUCUACGGGCCAGUCAAUCAAAAGGCCAAAAAGCCGCUUCAUGAUCCUACUGCUUCUGAUAGCCUAAUCAUGAAGGCCCCCACUCAAGAGCAGGUUAAACGAUACAACAAAAAGAACUUCCCCAUUGUCGACGUUGUUGUGGACCCCAUCAUCUCUCGAAAAUUACGGCCUCACCAAAAAGAAGGUGUCAAAUUUAUGUACGAAUGUGUGAUGGGUCUCCGCAAACAUGAAGGCCAAGGGUGCAUCCUUGCAGAUGAAAUGGGCCUUGGGAAAACGCUCCAAACUAUUGCUCUUGUCUGGACAUUACUUAGACAAAAUCCAUACGCAGCACCAGUUGCGGCCGUGCAAAAGGUGCUCAUCGUGUGCCCUGUGUCUUUGGUCAAUAAUUGGAAGAACGAAUUCCAUAAAUGGUUAGGGAGAGAUCGCAUUGGCGUUAUGACCUGCGACAAGAAUCAUGUCGAUGUGGAUCUUUUUGGCAGAUCGAAAGUCUAUCAAGUUUUGGUUGUUGGCUAUGAACGACUUAGAACAGUAGUAGAUAAGCUUACUAACAUAUAUCCCCCUAUAGGCCUGAUUAUAUGUGAUGAAGGCCAUAGGCUCAAGUCGGCUAACAACAAGACAAGCACUGUUUUCAAAUCUUUUGACACCAAACGUAGGGUCAUUUUAUCAGGAACUCCGAUUCAAAACGACCUGGGUGAAUUUCAUGCCAUGGCAGAUUUUUGUAAUCCUGGACUACUAGACGAGUACAACAUUUUUCGCAAGGUUUAUGAAACACCGAUACUCAAGAGUAGAGCACCACAUGCAACAAAGAUGGAGAUCCAGAUAGGAGAAGCCCGAACUGAACAACUUUUAUCUGUUGCCAAAAGUUUUGUACUUAGAAGAGAUGCCACGCUCCUGAAGAGCGAGUUGCCUCCAAAAUCAGAAUAUGUCGUCUUCAUAACACCCACUGCCCUACAGUUGGCCAUGUAUCAAAAAAUUCUUCACCCACAGAAGAUAGACCACCUUAUGCAGGCAUCUGUCGCAGACUCGCUCGCACUCAUAAACAUAUUAAUCAAGAUCAGUAACAGCCCAAUCCUGUUGAAAGCAACCGUCGAUAGUUCUAGAAGCAAAAGUGAUGACCUUGGGCCUUCAAUCCAAAAGACUGCUGUGGCAGAGGCUUUGAGUUUACUUCCGGAGAAAGCUCACAUAGCUGAUUUAUCCCUAGGAGGUAAACUUGUCUUUCUGGCCAACAUUCUGAAGAUAUUACAUCAGAACACUACCGAGAAAUGUGUUUUAGUUUCUCACUACACUUCAACACUUAAUAUAUUGGAAGCCUACUGCAAGAAAAUGUCCUAUUCUUAUUAUCGUCUCGACGGACAGACACCUCAAAAUAAACGACAAGAAUAUGUUAACGCAUUCAACACAGGAAACCAGCGCAACAGCUUCGUAUUUCUGCUGAGCUCUAAAGCUGGCGGUGUCGGCAUAAACCUUAUUGGAGGUUCGCGGUUGUUUAUCUUCGAUUCUGAUUGGAAUCCGAGUCAUGAUUUGCAAGCCAUGGCACGGUGUCACCGUGAUGGCCAGAAGAAACCAGUUUACAUAUAUAGAAUGCUUACCACCGGAACCAUAGAUGAAAAAAUUUAUCAAAGACAAGUCACGAAACUUGCCCUAAGUGAAUCUCUUAUUGGCACAGGUGCUUCGAGCUCCAAGAGCGACUCUUUCACUAGAAAAGACCUCCGUGACAUAUUUCGAGUACACACUGGUACCGAUUGCAAUACACACGACCUAUUGGAGUGUAAUUGCAACGCUGGGAAUUCUUUUGAAGAACAUAACACCAUACCUGUUGACGCUGAUUACGAGGUUACCGCGGUGAACACCGGUUUCGUAGCAGCAUCGAACGUCUGCGUGGAAGAAUUUGAUGCAGUUGAAAAAGCAUAUCUUCAAAAAAAGAAGGCCGGUCUUGCUUCGCUGGGCGAGUGGAAUCACAUCAAUUGCCUGAAGUUAUCCAAGAAUGCGGAUGGUUAUGUUCAUGAUGAAAUUUUGCGCAGAAUGAUCACACAACCGGGUGUCCCAGGGGCAUCUGAGAGACAGAAAGAACGCACUAAUAUUCUCAAACAAGUGGAUAUUGAGAACCUACGAACAUUGGACAGUAUUGAGUCUCGAAAAACUCUUCCUGGCGGAACCAUUUCCUUUCUCUUUGAAAAAUACUCCAAAAUAAAUUUGUAUGAAGAUGCAAAUGUUGCAGAGGACUAG